AAAGCACACAGAGAAUAAACUGAUUUUUUUUUCUGAUAAAUAACCAGUUUUUUUUUGGAAAAAAAAAUCAUCGAAGCGAUUCGUCUUCGAUUCGUUUUUCGUGAAGGGAUCAUUUCUUUAUAAUCGAUUCCUCUUCUUCUCCAUUUCUUCCUCUUCUGCCGCCAUUGUCUUGUAGUUCUGUUUAUCUGGUCAGAAACAGGGGAAACCCUUAAUUUGGAGUUACCCGUUCGUCAUUUCGAUCUGCUAUAUUUGGCAAAGAGAAGCAGAUUGUGUUUGGGUGUCCUUUUUUUUUUCUUCCUAUUUGAGUUCUCUUCGUUUAUGAUCUGUUCAAUCGGAGGAUCGAUCUUAAUUGGUAGAGGAACUCGAAUCCCUAGGUUACCCAUCAUCAGAGGGCCUUCCAAAUUUUAUGUGAACGAGGAAUCGUGCGCUCUCCCGGUCAGUAUUGCCGUUUUCCGACGAUCAUCAUCAUCAUCAAUGGCGAUGGAAGUGAAGAUAAUGGGUUCUGGUUCUCCGACGUUGAUUCUGACAUCGGGAGCGAGCGGUCGCGUCAGGGCUCUCUUCUCCAUGCGAGAGCUCAAGCGUCUCGUGAUGAUAAUCCAAGCGAUGAUUCUCUUUCUCUUCCUCCCCAUCCGUGUCGUCGUGUGGCGGCAGUGGACGAGUACGGUGGUGGUUAGAGAGGAGAAACAGGAGAGGAAGGUUCGUGUUCCUCCGCCAUCGACGAUCGCCGCCCUGAAAAGGAACGCUGACUGCAGCGGCGGCGUCGUAACUCCGGCGACGGUGGUGGUGGACGAGGAUGUGGCGGUGAGACGGUCGCUAGCGGUACGGCGUGUGUUGGAGGACGACGUUGGCGUCGGAAGCUCCGCCAGAGAGUUCUCGCUUUUUACGACGAGGAGAGGCGACACGUUGUUCACUCAGUCAUGGACACCAGUCUCCUCCAAGACCAGGGGAGUUGUUGUUCUGCUCCAUGGUCUGAAUGAACAUAGUGGCAGGUAUAGUGAUUUCGCAAAGCAGCUGAAUGGUAAUGGAUUCAAGGUGUAUGGAAUAGAUUGGAUCGGGCACGGUGGGAGUGAUGGACUUCACGCUUACGUUCCUUCCCUAGAUUAUGCAGUCGAUGAUUUGAAAUCUUAUCUUGAGAAGGUACUGACUGAAAAUCCGGGGCUCCCUUGUUUCUGCUUCGGGCAUUCAACCGGAGGAGCCAUCAUCCUAAAGGCUAUGCUAGAUCCAAAGAUCGAAGCUCGGAUUUCGGGCAUCGUCCUGACUUCACCAGCCGUCGGAGUCCAACCAUCUCAUCCAAUCUACACCGUUUUAGCUCCGAUUGUGUCAUUCCUCUUGCCCAGGUACCAAGUCAGUGUCGCAAACAAGAAAGGCCUUCCGGUUUCUCGCGAUCCCCAAGCUCUUAUCGCCAAAUACUCAGACCCUUUGGUCUUCACUGGCUCGAUCCGAGUGAGAACUGGUUACGAGAUUCUCAGAAUCGCUGCGUACUUGCAGCAGAAUCUAGACAAAGUCAGGGUGCCCUUUCUUGUUCUGCACGGCACCGACGACACAGUGACUGACCCUGAAGCCUCUCAGAAACUUUACGACCAAGCUUCAUCCUCCGACAAGACGAUCAAGCUGUUUGACGGGUUGUUGCAUGAUCUCCUCUUCGAACCCGAACGGGAAGCCGUGACCGGAGUCAUAACAGAGUGGCUAAACCGGCGGGUGUAAGUGGCCGAACCGGUUAAUUUACCAAAGGCUGAAGGGACAAUUUUCCUGGGUCGUUUCCUAAAAAAACUUGUGUGGAAGAAACGGAGAGAUGGAGAGUUCAGUUACAUUCUGUCUGUCUGUUGAUUGAUUUUGUUACAAUCUGGGCUCUGUCAACUUGUGGUUAUAAAUCCUUUUUGGUCGUCUGAAACAAAAAUCUCAAACGCAUUCAUCCAUUUUUUUCUGUGAUACCAUAAGUUUGAUUGAACUGUUAUA